AUGAAAAUGAUUUACUCAAAAAAUGUAGAUUUAAAGUGUCGAAAUAGUGAACAUGAUAUCAAUAUAAAAAUGGUUUGUUUGAAUGAGUUUUGUAGUGAUUUUAGAUUGUUUUGUAUGAAAUGUGUUUAAAAUAAAUAUCAUCAUGCUCAUUUGGAAUCAUGGAUUGAUAUGCCUUAAUUAUAUGAAUAACUAGAAAAUUAAGGAAAAGAUUGUGAGAUAUUCUUGGAAGAUAUUUCUAAAUUAUUAGAGUCUUCUAUACAAUAAUUUUAAAAAUUAAAGGAUGGAAUUUAGCUAAAAUAUUUGAUAAAUAAAGAAAGAUUAGAGAGAAUGGAUUUGUAGUAAUUAAAUACUAUAGUUAUUGAAAUGAUUAAAUUCCAAGAGUAUAAGUAAUAAGCAUCAUAAAUAAUAACUAAAUGUUUAAAUUCUAUGUAAAAUGAGUUAAUUAAACUUAAUGUUAAGUUGAAUAUAGAUGAAUUGAAUUACUGUAAAUAAAAUUAAAACAAUAAAAAAUAACCUGAAUAGAAUGGAAAUAAAGGUAGAUAAUAAUUUAAUUAGGUAAUAAAUUAAAUUAGAAUGAAAUGUUAUAAGCAUCAAUAAGAAUGUUAAAUUAAUCUUAGGUUUUGAAUCCUGGAAAUUUAGCAGCAUUUUCCAUGAAAGGUAAUUAAAUAAUAAUUAAAAUAAAGCAUAAACUUUAAAAUAAUUAGGGUAAUUUAAUGAAGCUAUUACUUGGGCAAAUAAGGCAUUAGAAAUAGAUGCAAAUCAUAUUAAUACUUUAUAUUGCAAAGGUGAUUUUCGAUUUAAUUUUAGCUAAAUGUUUAUAUAUGGUAGAUAAAUAUGAAGAGGCAGUGGAAUGUAUUGAUAAAGUAUUGAAAAUAGAUCCAAAUCAUAUAAAUGCAUUGAGAUGCAAAGGUUGAUGUUUAUUUAAUAUUUUUAAGGAGAGAGUUUAAGUUAAUUAAAUUAAUAUUAGAAUGCUAUGAUUUUGUUUAAUAAAGCCUUAUAAAUUGAUGCUUUAGAUGUAAACACAUUAUACUCUAAAGGUAAUAGGUUAUAAUAAUUGAAUAGCAUAAUGUUUAUAUUUGCUUACUGAAUAUAAUGAAGCAAUACUUUAAACAGAUAAAGUAUUAACCAUAGAUCCAAAUCAUAUGAAUUCUUUUUGUUGCAAAGGUAAGACUUUUAAAUCACUAUUUAGUAAAAAGCUUAUGCAUGCUUGAUAUGUAUCAAGAAGCUAUACAAUGGGCUGAUAAAGCAUUAAGUAAAGAUCCAAAUCAUUUAAUUAUAUUGACUUGUAAAGGUAUUUAUUACUUUAAGUUUUAGCAUAAAGUUUAUUUAUAUUGGAUCGUUAUUAAGAUGCAAUAAUACAUGCUAACUUAGUAUUGGAUGCAGAUCCUAAUAAUUUGAGUACUCUUGAUUGUAAAGGUUCAAAUUGUUUAUCAAAUUAUAAGCGCAAUGCUUAUUGCAAUUAUCAAAUUACGAAGAAGCAAUUGUUGUAUCAGAUUAAAUUUUAACGAUUAAUCCAAAUCAUCUGAACUCUUUGCGUUAUAAAAGUUUAUUAUUUUAAUAACUUAUAAAAGCUAAAUGUUUAUAUGAGUUAAAUCAAUUUAAUAAUGCAAUAUCCUUAGCAGAUAAAGUUAUUUAAAUUUAACCUAAUGAUGAGAACUCAAUUAUUACAAAAGGUAAACUAAAUAACUUAAAAUCAGCAAAUAGCUUAAAAUAACUAGGAAAUUUUAAAGAGGCCAUAAUUUGGUAUGAUAAGGCUUUAACUAUUAAUUCAUAGAAUUUAAUUAUAUUAUAAGCUAAAAGUAAUAUAUAAAUACAUUAAUACAGUUUCAUGUCUAUUUAAAUUAGAUCGAUUUUAAGAAACAAUAAAAUUGGCUGAUUAAGCUUUGGCUUAAGAUCCAAAUAAUUUAGAAAUAUUACUUUUUAAAGGUACAUUUAUUUUAAUUCUUUAGCUGAAAGUUUAAGAUUUCUUGGGUUAUAUAAAGAUGCAAUUUAAUGGGCUGAUAAAAUAUUAAAAAUUGAUCCUAAACAUGAAAAAUCAAUUUCAUGUAAAAGUAUAUGAUUUGUUAAAUUCAAGCAAAUAGUUUACGAUUACUCAGCUAAUAUUAAGAUGCAUAAGUUUCUCUUGAAAAGGUAGAUCAGAAGUAAUUAAAUAAAUUAUGUUAAAAAAGUAAUACAUAUUUAUAAACAUAUUUUUAGUAAACAACUUACUUUAAGAAGGAUAGUAUGAAGGUGCAAUCACUUUAAUAGAAAAGGCUUUAUCAUAAGAGUGUAAUAAUGUUCAAAUUUUGGAAUGCAAAUGUAUUUUUCCAUUAAAUCAUUCUUAGUGUAAUGUUUAUUUAAGUAAAAAUAAUAUGAAAAAGCAAUUGUGUUAUCUAAUAAACUUUUAGAGAUUGAAUCUAAUAAUAUAAGAUGUAUGUAGUAUUUAGGUUCUAAUUGAUUUAAUAUUUUUAGCUGAUAGUCUACGAUUACUUGGAAAGUAUGAAGAAUCUGUAAAUGAGGCAAAUAAAAUAUUAUCAAUAAAUGAAAAUUAUUUGAAUGCUUUACAGUGUAAAGGUAUAUGAUUUUUAAUAAUUUGAGCAUUGUGUUUAAACUUACUUGGUUAGUAAAAAGAAGCUUUGGCUUUGGCUAAUUAAGCUUUAUCAAUAGAUCCUAAUCAUGUUGACACAAUAAGUUGCAAAGGUACUUUAUUAAAUUAAUUAAGCAAAUAUCUUAUAACAUAUGGGAAAGUAUUCUGAAGCAUUAAAUUUAUUAGAAAAGAUAUUAGAUAUGCAUCCUUAAAAUCUUGAUGCUUUAAAAUGCAAAUGUAAAAUCAUUAAUUUAAAUCUUUAGCUCAUUGCUUAUAUAUGUUGAGUAAAUUUAAAGAUGCUAUUACUUCAACGAAUGAAGUAUUAGAUGCUGAACCAAAGAAUGUAAAUUCUUUAUAGAUCUUAGGUAAGAAUUAUAUCAUAAAUUUAUAGUUUAGAGUUUAUUCAAACUUGGAUUAUAUAAUGAUGCUAUAAUAUCAGCUGAUAAAUAUUUAGAAAUCUGUCCUAAUCAUAUUGAUAUUCUAUUAUGUAAAGGUAAUAACAUUCAAAUUAAUCUAAGCUCAUAGUUUGAGAUUGCUUGGAAAAUUUAAUGAUGCCUUAGUAUUUGUAGACAAAGUACUUAGCAUUGAUUCUAAUAAUAUUAAUGCAAUGUAAUGCAAAGGUUAAUUAUUAAUUUUAAUUUAGCAUAAACUUUAUAUAUGUUAGAUUAGAAUACAGACUCUAUUAUUUGGGCUGAAAAAGUAUUAGCUAUUGAUCCCAAUCAUAUUCAUACUUUACAUUGUAAAGGUACUUAUUUCAUACUCACAAUUAAAGCUGAUAAUUUAAGAUUACUUGGAAAUUAUAAAGAUGCAAUCAUUUGGGCUGAUAAAGUCUUAGCCAUUGAUUCUAAGUUUGUUAAUGCUUUAUAUUGCAAGGGUUUUAUUAUUAUUUUCAUAAUUAGCUGAUAGUUUAAGAUCUUUAUCAUAAUAUACUGAAGCAUUAAUUCUAGCUGAUAAGGCUUUAACUAUAGAUUCAAGACAUGUCAACACUUUAGGAACCAAAGGUAAAUAUAAAUUCUAAUUAGGUGAUAUAUUAAGAAUUUUUAAGAAUUAUGAUUUAGCAUUAAAAAUGUUUGAUCAAGCAUUGAGUAUUAAUCCAAAUAGUUACUUCUCAAUUUCUUAAAAAGGUUUUUACAUAUUCUAUACUAGGUGUUUGUUUAUAAGAAUAAAAAAAGUAUUAAGAGGCUAUUAUUUGUUUUGAUAAAGCUUUAAAAAUUCAACCAAAUGGAGGAUGGGCUAACUGUAGAAAAAGUGAUGUUUAUAUAAGUAUUAUUAGAAUAAUGUGAAGACGCAUUGAGAAAGUAGAGAUAAACUUUUAAUUAAUUUUGA